AGAGUGAUAAAUAUAUUAAGAAAAUAUCAAAGUAUAAGUUAAGAGAUGGUGUAAAAAAUAAUAAUAAAAGAUAGAUAAAUAAUGUUGGUACUGGCUCAACUUCUAGCUAGAAAUAAUCCUGGUGAUCCCCUCAUUAAUUUACUAAACCCUGUUCAACAACCCCCAGCUCCACAACAGAAUCCUCAACCGGUUCAACCUGCUCCCGCUAUUAGCGAAUCUCAGGAUCAAUCCCACAUAGCACCUGUUCAGCAACCCAUCCCCGAUGAUGUUACUCGCCGCCUCGAUAGCUUAGAAAAGCUGAUAGCUGAACACCGAGGUGCUCCACCCCCACACCAUGCUGCUGAUUCCAUACCUCACCCCCUGAAUACCAACAUCACACUGGAACCCUAUCCUACUGGCUUCAAAAUACCACAACUGGAGACUUAUGAUGGGACGAAAGAUCCCGAUGAUCACUUGCAUGCUUUCUACUCUUGCAUGCAAGCUCAAAAUGCCUCUGAUGCGUUAAUGUGCAAAAUCUUUCCCUCUACUCUGCGAGGUAAUGCUCGAACUUGGUAUUAUAGUCUACCUCCGAGGUCAAUUAGUUCUUACACAGAAAUGGCGUCUGCUUUCGCCACUAAGUUUUCCAGUAGAGGGUUGAUUAGGAAAACUACCACCGAAUUGAUGCGAGUUAAACAGAGGGAUGGAGAGUCCCUGAAGAACUACAUGAGCAGGUUCAAUGAUGCGGUGUUGGAGGUCAGUUCCUUCGACCAAGCUGUGGGCAUUGCAGUUGUAAUCUCUGGUCUCAAACAUGACAGGUUUCGAGACAGUUUGAUCAAACAUGCUGCCACCACCUUUAGCGAGGUAAAUGAUCGAUCUCUGAAAUUCAUCACUGCUGAGGAAUACGCCCUGGCGCAAAACCCACCUUCCUCUAAGAACCAGAACCCAGAAUGGAGAGAUGACAAUCGGAGCCGAAAAAAGAUGAGAAUGGCGCAGAAUCGAGGUCCGAUGUUGACCUCCCCAACGAGAUUCGGAAGGCCGAACUCCACGCCCCCGCAACAAUCUGCAGGUAAACCUCCAGUUAAUUGGACUCCAUUUAAUUUGCCGAGGUCACAAAUUUUUAUGCAGAUCAAAAAUAAGAUGGACUUGAGACGUCCUGGCCCAAUACGAACUGCUGCUGCUAGUCGAGACCAUACCAAAUAUUGUGAUUUUCACCAGGAUCACGGCCAUACUACAGAGCAGUGCAACAGCUUAAAGUUCGAACUGGAAAGUUUAGCUCAGAAGGGAAUGCUAAAUGAAUAUGUUCAGAGAGUUGAACAGCCGAGAUUUAUCAGAGAACAGAGGCUGCAGCCUCAAGGAGUCCGCAAUCCCCCAAAUAGGCAAGGUGUGGGAUAUCAGCAAGCCCCACCUCCGCUCCCACCACCAGCUAGAAUCAUACAUAUGAUUACGGAAGGCCUUGAAGCAGGUGGACUGAGCUCUAAACAGCGAAAGUUGUAUGUCAGAGAGGUUAAACAUCAAAACCGAGCUCAGAAGAGGAAGAUUGACGAUGCUGAGUGGAAGAAUCAACCCAUUACUUUCACAUCUGCUAAUCUCGAUACAGUUGUUACACCUCACAAUGAUCCCUUGGUCACUUCUGUCAUGAUUAACAACUGUGAAGUGCAGUGUGUCCUUGUUGACACCGGGAGUGCACCAGACAUUAUGACCUAUGUGACCCCGUCGGUCAAAUUCCUCGUAGUCAAGAUGGCGUCCUCUUUCAACAUUGUUAUUGGUCGACCCACAUUGAUUGAAAUCCGAGCUGUGGUUUCCCAGUCUCACCUCUGUAUGAAGUUCCCAACUCCUAUGGGAAUAGCAACACUGCGAGGAAACCAAGAGGUGGCCAGGCAUUGUUAUAUCACCUCGCAAGUUAUGGGUGUUGAGAUCGUAGAUAAUCGACCGGAAGAUGAAACCAGAGCUACUCCGGUUGAAGAUGUUGAAGAAGUGCUCAUUGAUGACAGAGAUCCAAACAGAAAGACGCAGAUCGGAACUAGAUUGAACCCAGAGGAAAGGGCAGAGCUCAUAGCUUUUCUUCGCGCUAAUAAUGAUGUGCCAAUGGCUCCAGAAGAUGAAGAGAAAACCGCGUUCUAUGCUGGCGAUGAAAUUUAUUGUUAUGUUAUGAUGUCGUUCGGCUUGAAGAAUGCAGGUGCUACUUAUCAGAAAAUGAUCAGAGCCAUUGCCGAGAUGGAACCGCCGAAAUCAGUGAAAGAUAUACAGAGGUUAACUGGAAGGGUGGCAGCUCUACAUCGGUUCAUAUCGAAGUCAGCAGACAAAUGUCUGCCAUUUUUCAAAAUUAUGAGGUUGGCCGCCCAGAAAGACGAAUCAGGAAAGCAAAAGAAGUUCGAAUGGAGCCAAGAAUGCCAAGCUGCAUUUGAAGAGCUGAAGUCUUAUCUUAGCUCACCGCCUCUGUUGACUAAAGCUGUAGAUGGAGAGCUUUUAUAUUUGUACCUGGGGGUUUCAGAUGAGGCCAUUAGUUCAGUUCUGGUGAGAGAAGAAGCUAAGCCGCAGAAACCAAUUUAUUAUAUCAGCAGCGUGCUGCAUGGGGCAGAGCUGAGGUAUCCUAUAGCUGAGAAAGCAGCAUUAGCAGUCGUCACUUCGGCCAGGAAGUUGAGGCCAUAUUUCCAGUCACACCCAAUUAUCGUUCUCACCGAUCAACCUCUCGGGCAGAUUCUGCAGAAACCAGAGUGCUUUGGAAGACUAAUUAAAUGGGCAGUAGAAUUGGGAGAGUUUGAGAUAACAUUUCAGCAGAGAUCGGCCAUCCGAGCUCAGGCAUUAGCAGAUUUUAUUGUCGAAUGCACUCCAUGUCCUUCAACCUCUAAUCCAGAGCCCAACGACUGGACCUUAUAUGUUGACGAAGCAUCUAGUAGCAAGGGUUCAGGGGCUGGCGCUCUCUUGAUUGGUCCAGAUGGAUACCGAAGCGAACAUGCCUUGAAGUUCAACUUUGAUGUGACAAAUAACAUGGCUGAGUAUGAAGCUCUGCUACUUGGUUUACAGCUAGCAUUGGAGUUGAAAAUCAGUUACGUAGCCUUGGUGGCUGAGCUGAAGUGCAAAUUCCAGAAAUUCUGUCUAAGCAAAAUCCCCCUAACCGAGAACGAACAGGCAGAUUCACUCUCUAAAUUCGCCUCUGAUAGUUCUUCACAUUCCAGAUCCGUUUUUGUGGAGGUCUUAGAUGAACCAAGCUUCAUGAAGCCUCGGAUGAUGGAGAUUAGCACAAACCCUGACACACCGAGCUGGACUGACUCAAUUAUCUCCUUUUUGCGCGAUGGAACAGUACCUGAGGACAGGCAGGAAGCAAUGAAGUUGAGGAAGAAAGCAUCUCGGUAUACACUUGUUGAUGGGGUCCUCUAUAAAAGAUCUUUUUCACUUCCUCUUCUACGAUGUUUGAAUCCCUACGAAGCUGAGUAUGCACUUCGAGAGGUACAUGAAGGUGUCUGUGGGAGCCACGUUGGUGCUAGAACUCUGGCUCACAAAGUCUUAAGGCAGGGAUAUUACUGGCCAAACAUGUAUAAGGAUGCCAUUCACUUUGUUCAGAAAUGUCUGAGGUGCCAAUUCUUUGCACAUCUGACUCACCAACCUGCAGAAGAACUCACGACCUUGGUAGCACCAUGGCCAUUUGCACAGUGGGGACUAGAUCUUUUGGGUCCAUUCGUGAAAGGGGUUGGUGGUGUAACCCAUUUGGUUGUUGGUGUGGAUUAUUUCACGAAGUGGGUGGAAGCUCGGCCUUUAUCUAGUCUUACCUCCAAGAAGGUAGCCCUGAUUAUUGCUGACUUAAGCAUCGGAGUGUCUACCCCGAGUUCCACCUCGGGGCUUUGCAGGUCAUCUCGGAGUGCAAGUGCGGACUGAAGAAGGACUUCUGGUUUGGUGCAAUUACAAUAAUCUUCGCCAGUUAUCCGUUUGAAUUUUUUUAGUUUUGCUUUUAUCCCAAGUUAUUCAUUUGUUUUCUCUCUAGUUUUGUUUUCUCACCUUUUUCCCAAAAUACAAAUUAAAAUAACAC